CUGCUAUCGCUUCUAACGAACGCUAGGAUUGGCUGCCGUGGAGCUGUCUGCAAAAGGCGGCAUCAGGCAAAAACCGCACUCUUGGCGCCCUGGGACCGGCCGCCGCCGCUCUGCCUUUUUGUGAUGGAAGCAUCCUUGAACGCUUAUCAAGAUGAACAACCUCCUUUGCAGGCUGAAAAUUUCUGUAGGAGACAUGAAAAGAACAGCAAGUUGUCAGGAGUAAAAAUAGAUAUUGAAAAACUUUAUGAAGCAGUGCCACAGCUUGUAAAUGUGUUCAAAAUUAAGGAAAAAAUUGGAGAAGGUACUUUUAGUUCAGUUUAUUUGGCCACAGCCCAGCUACAAGCAGGAUGUGAGGAAAAAAUGGCAUUGAAACACCUAAUUCCAACUAGUCAUCCUCUACGAAUUGCUGCUGAACUUCAGUGCCUUACAAUAGCAGGGGGGCAGGAUAACGUUAUGGGAGUUAAAUAUUGCUUUAGAAAAAAUGAUCAUGUAGUUAUCGUUAUGCCAUAUCUGGAACAUGAAUCCUUUUUGGACGUUUUGAACUCUCUCUCAUUUGAAGAAGUACGAGAAUAUAUGUUUAAUCUGUUUAAAGCAUUGAGGCGCAUUCAUCACUUUGGUAUUGUUCACCGUGAUGUCAAGCCCAGUAACUUCCUGUACAACAGGCGGCUGAAAGAGUAUGCCCUAGUAGAUUUUGGUUUGGCACAAGGAACCCCCGAUACGAAAAUAGAACUACUCAGAGUUGUCCAGUCUGAAAGCCAGCAGGAGGGGUCUGUGCACCAUUCUGUCCAACGCUCUGUCUUUGGGGAGAGAAAUUUUAAUAUCCAUAGCUCCACAUACCAGGAGAGCCCCACAAUAAAACUCAUAAAGCAAUCAAAGGUGAUGGAUGUCGCAUCUAGAAAAUUAGCAACAAAGAAGAAGAUUAUUUCUACAAAAGCAGUGAACAAUGGUAUAGCCAGGAAAGCUGCCAACAGUUGCCCAGCUAUCUUGACCUGUGACUGUUAUGCAACAGAUAGAGUUUGCAGUGUUUGCCUUUCAAGACGUCAGCAAGUUGCUCCUAGGGCAGGUACACCAGGAUUCAGAGCACCAGAGGUGUUAACUAAGUGCCCUACUCAGACUACAGCAAUUGAUAUGUGGUCUGCAGGAAUCAUAUUCCUUUCUUUGCUCAGUGGACGGUAUCCAUUUUACAAAGCAAGUGAUGAUUUAACUGCUUUGGCACAAAUCAUGACUAUUCGUGGAUCCAGAGAAACUAUUCAGGCGGCUAAAACGUUUGGCAAAUCAAUACUGUGUACUAAAGAGGUCCCAGCACAGGAUUUAAGAACACUCUGUGAAAGACUGAGAGGAACAAAUAGCAGCUGUACUAAAACAAGUGAUGUGCACACCAACUCUUUUUAUGAACCUGCUUUGGCAAUUGACACAGACAAAAAGGUAGAGUUUGCUCCCCAACCACCAAGGGAAAAAAUCCAGGGUCUGAAGAACUGUCAUGAAGGUAACAAUGGCUUGGAAAUUAAGAUAACAGAAAAGGCAACUGAUUUGAAAGGAUGGGACAGAGUUCCUGAUGAGGCUUAUGAUCUACUUGAUAAGCUACUGGAUCUAAACCCGGCUACAAGAAUAACUGCAAAAGAGGCUUUGCUGCAUCAUUUUUUUAAAGAUAUCAGACAGUGAGAAGACACCUGAUUCCAUUAUUUCCUUGAUCUGUGCUUCACAUGAAAAUAUCGUACAGUAUUAGUUGAAUUUCAGAUGUUCACUUUGAGUUUAUCUUCAUGGCAUGUAGUGAUCUGCUUUUCUUGUACUGUGUGGAAGAGGUUUCUGAAAAAUUACCAGAAAUGUUUCUGGUGGAGGAAGGUUGGCAUCAUGGAUUGGAAGUAGAAUAUGGAGCAUUUCACCUUUUUUAAAAAUCACAAUUUCAAGUCCAUUUCUUGUUACUAGCGAUAGAAACAUCUUCUGAUGGCUGUUCAGUGGCCUAUGUGAAGUGAAUUUAUGGUUGUAGUCCAACUGUGGAAGACAAGUGUUCACAUUACCAAAACCCUUCCUUGCUGACAGAUACCAAAUACUGAAUAAGCAAGACAAGUGACAUACUUCCUUCCGCCCCACCCUCAGGUUAUUGCUGAAGCUCAUUGCUGAGGUGUGGGAAAAGUAGCUGUCUGUGCUGUACCUGUUCUAUGAGGAAAAGAAGGACUUAGUCUAAGGCUGUCAAGUCAACUUAGUGCUUGUGAAAUUUAUUAUUUGUUUUAAAUCUUCUAGUAAAACUUAAAAUCUUUCCUAUAAAAUAUAAUACACAAAUGUA